AUGGCUCAACAUCAAUCUUUCUCACUGCUCGACGCAAGCAUCCCAGAGCUCCAAUCCGCUCUCACAGCAGGCUCACUGUCCAGCGUCGAGUUGGUAUUCAAAUACCUCCGAAGAAUCAGCUACUACGACGCAAGUGGUCUCAAACUAAGCUCAAUCCCAAUACUCAAUCCAUCCGCAAUCGAUGAUGCAGCAGCCUCAGACGCAAGACGCGCAGCAGGUCUACCACCAAGGCCCUUAGAAGGCAUCCCAUACCUCGCGAAAGACAGUAUCAAAGUCAAAGGAAUGACUGUCGCAAGCGGAUCACCAGCAUUCGAAACCCUCAUUGCAAACGAGGACGCAGCAUGUAUCCAGAUUCUCCGGGACGCAGGUGCCAUUCUUCUCGGCCGCACCAAUAUGCCUGCAAUGGCCUACGGUGGGAUGCAGCGCGGCUGUUAUGGCCGUGCCGAAAGUCCCUAUAAUGCCGACUACUUGGCUGCUGCGUAUGCGUCUGGAUCAUCGAAUGGGUCGGCGGUGGCGACAGCUGCCAAUUUCUGUGCUUUUUCACUAGGCAGCGAGACUGUUUCGUCGGGUCGUUCGCCAGCAUCGAAUAAUUCGGUCGUGGCUUACACGCCUUCCAAGGGUCUACUUCCUCUCCGGGGUGUUUGGCCUCUCUAUGCUACUUGUGAUGUCUUGGUCCCGCAUACCAGAACCGUCGGGGAUCUGCUCCAUAUCCUAGAUGUCCUGGCUGUGUCUGAUCCCACCCCAAAAGGCGAUUUCUAUCAAGAGCAGAAACUUGUCUCUCUCCCUUCAAUCGACACAAUCCGACCAAAGUCAUUCGCCUCACUCCGCGACAGCAAUUCUCUACGCGGGAAGCGUAUCGCCGUACCAUCCAUGUACAUCGGUGGCGACCAGUCCUCCCUCAACACCGCCAGUCAAUUGAAAACCAGACCUUCAAUCAUCAGCCUCUGGCAACAAGCCCGAUCAAUCCUCGAGUCCCUCGGUGCCAAAGUCGUGGAAACAGACUUCCCACUCGUGACGACAUACGAAUCAAACGCACACACCGGCCAACUGGUAACCAUAGCAGGUCUACCAGAAGGCUGGUCAUCAAUGGAGCGAAGCGAGCUAGUCGCGCACAUCUGGGAUGAUUUCCUAAUUUCCAACGGACAGGAAGGUCUCAAUUCUCUUUCACAAGUCGAUCCAUCUACCAUUUUCCCACUUGCGCCUGGGUCUUUGAAAGGCGCGCCUGAUGCAGCGAAUGCCCUGCGGUGGGAUGAGAUGGUUCAAUAUCCGCUUCAGAGGCCGGAUUCUAUCUUUGAUAUUCCGGGUCUGGGGCAGGGGAUUCGGGCAUUGGAAAAUGCGCGUGUGGAGACAUUUGAGAAGUGGAUGGAUGGGCUGGGACUUGAUGCUGUGGUUUUCCCGGCGAAUGGGGAUGUCGGUGCUGCGGACUCGGAUUGUAAUGAGGUUGCUUCGCGCUUUGCGUGGAGUAAUGGGGUGAAAUACUCUAAUGGCAAUAGGCCUAUUCGUCAUUUGGGUGUGCCUACUGUUUCAGUGCCGAUGGGUUUGAUGGAGGAUAUUGGGAUGCCUGUUAAUCUGACUUUUGCUGGCAAGGCUUAUGAUGAUAACAGUCUGCUGAAGUAUGGAUUUGCCUUUGAGGAGGCGAUGAAGGGCCGUGUCCAGCCUUCUUCUGUACCUGCACUUGACUCUGAUUUUGUGGCUGCUCGUGGAUCUCGCUCAUUGGAUAUGCCGGUGGCUGAAUUGAUGGUGCAGACUCAGUCGAAGAAGAUUGAAGACUCGAAGGUUGUGAUUCAGAUCGAGGGUUCUGUCGUGCCUGAUGAUGUCGAGCUGGAUUCAUUGUCCUGCUUUGUCAAUGGUGAACCUUUCAAUGCUGUCUCUGAUGGUGAUCGAUGGUUUGUUGUUGCAUCUUAUCCUGUUUCUGAUCGUGAUCAAACCUGGGAGAGAUGGUCCAGUCCUGGUUUGACCCAAACCAUUGUGGUCAUAACCGCGCGUACAAAGUCGGGCUUCACAACUGGAAAGUUGAUAUUGUUGUAG